AUGACCCAACAACAGCUUUUUGAAAAUCAAAUUGUGAUCAUAACCGGAGCAGCGAGAGGAUUGGGCCGUUCUCAUGCCGUGGCUUUUGCUGGUUCUGGAGCCUAUGUGGUGGUUCAGGAUAUUGAUGAAAAGGCCUCCCGAGAAACGGUUGAAUAUUUGAACAAACAAUUUCCGAACAAAAAUGGAGCCGUUCGAGCCAUCGCUUCCAAUCAUUCCAUAACCAUUGGUCCUGAAGGUCCAUCACAAAUUAUUGAACAAGCUUUGAAAUCCUUUCCUCCUCAAGCUAAAAUUACAGUUCUUGUGAACAAUGCAGGAAUUUUGAGAGAUAAAUCCUUUGUGAACAUGACCGAAGAACAAUGGUCACAAGUCUAUUCCGUACACUUGUAUGGAGUUUUCUUAAUGACACGACAAGUUUGGAACAUCUUUAAGAAACAACAGUAUGGACGAGUAAUUUUCACAACUUCAGCGGCUGGAUUGUAUGGAAAUUUUGGUCAAGCUAAUUACAGUGCUUGUAAAGAAGCUUUGUGUGGAUUUGCAAGAACAUUAGCUUUGGAGAGUGAAAGAAUGGGAAAUGUUUGUGUGAAUUGUGUGAGUCCUUUAGCUGGUACACAAAUUUUGCAACAAUCCAACAUGGAGAAGGAAAUGUUGGAUGCUCUUAAAGUUGAAAUGGUCUCACCUUUGGUUGUGUUUCUUUCCUCUUCGAAAUGUAAAGAGAAUGGACAAAUUUAUGAAGUAGGUGGAGGUGUCAUUACUAAGGUUAGAUAUGAACGUGGAGUUCCAUUCUACUGUGACACGAUUGAAAAUGCUCUUAGUGUUGAGGUGAUUGAAAAAAAUUGGGACAAGAUUAACCAAUUUUCCACAGUCUCAGACUCAAAUAUGGAUCCCGAAAAUUAUGGAUUUGAAAGAAAUCCCAAGAGUGCGGCUGAAAGUUUUCAAAACAUUAUCAAACAUGCAACCAAAUUGUCUCAACAAAGUACUUUUUCUGGAGAGGAUGUUUUAAAACGUGUUCCAACAACUAAAAGUACCUCCUCUCAAAGUCAGUCGUCAUCCACUACGACUACUCCAACAGGACCUAAAAUUAUUGCUGGACUCCAAAGAGCAGAGUCUCCAAAUGAUGUUCAUGUUGAAGGAUACAAGUGCUCUGAAUUAUUUGGAAGAAUGGUCAUACUUUUCAAAGAACACACCGAUUUGGUUGGUAAAUUUAAAGUGACCUAUGUGUUUGAUUUAAUUAACGAUCAAAAUAAGAAUAUUAAGAAACAAUGGACUCUUAAUAUCAAAAAUAAGGAUGAUUGUGGUGUGUAUUUAGGAGCUCCCGUCACCACAGAAGGAGAAAAAGUUGUAGAUUGUGUCAUGACCAUGACUGAUUCGAAUUGUUUCAAGAUCAUGACAGGUCAAAUUUCACCACAAAGCGCUUACAUGAGAGGAAUGGUAAAAGUUAAAGGAAGUAUUGGAUUAGCCUUAAAAUUAACUGGUUUGCAAAAAUUGUUGUCUCCACAACCAUCCUUGUAA